UAUCAAUCCCAUUACUUUGCUUCCGUGGUGUUUUCUGAGCUCUAGGAAUUUGAGAUGGCUGAUUUAAGAGAUGAACAUGGAAAUCCCAUUCCACUCACUGAUGAACACGGCAACCCAGUUCAACUCACCGAUGAAUUUGGCAACCCAAUUCAUGUCACUGGCGUAGCCACCUCUGGAACAACCCCUUUAGCCGGGGAACGUGCACACAAGGAACAGACCGGUGAGCUCCCCAGCAGUGGCGCAGGCGAUGAGGAAAAGCGUAGGAAAGAAGAGCAGCAGCAGGGAGAGAAUAUUGAAAGAUCUAGCAGUUCAAGCUCUGGCUCGUCGGAGGAUGACGGCCAAGGAGGGAGGAGGAAGAAGAAGGGAUUGAAGGAGAAAAUAAAGGAGAAACUGACGGGUGGAAAGCACAAGGAAGAGACUGUAACGAGCACUCCAACCACAGAAACCACCUCAGGCGGCGGCGAACACCAUGAGCAUGAGAAGAAAGGUGUUAUGGAGAAGAUCAAAGAGAAGUUGCCUGGCCAUGGGCACGGCCAUCAGAGCCAUUAAAAACUAUAUGUAGAUAACGACAUGUCGUAUAUUAAAACAGUGGGAUAAUUGUGUGUGCUUGUUUUGUUUAGCAGGUGCAAAAGAUGUUAAGAGUUGUGAAUUUGUGUGGUUUUUUAAUAAAUUUACUUGCUCUGCGUG